UUGGCGUUGUGGCAAAUUUUGAAUUGGAAUUCCGUGAAUAAUUGUGUCAAGGAUCCCUGCGGCCAAACAUAUGUCCAUUACAUAUGAGUGCUGCCAAUGAGCAACGUAAACCGAAUCCGGUGCUUAAGGCGAAUUUUUUAUCCAAAUGGUUCUUUAUCUGGACACGCGAAAUUCUACGCAAGGGCAUGCGAAAAUGUGUAGAGCCGACGGAUCUGUAUGCCCACAUACCCAGCCUGGACAGUACCGAUGUGUCCAAUGCACUGCUUGGCCAUUGGGAGCAGGAGCUGAAGCGAAAGAAACCAAGUGUCCUUCAUAUGAUAUUCAAAGCUUAUGGUUGGAGUUUUAUACCCAUCUGUAUACUCUAUUCCUUGCUGGAAGUUUCCGUGCACACUGUCCAGCCUUUAUUUCUGGGAGUAUUGGUCUCAUUUUUCUCAGAGAGUCCAAUAGAUGAUGACCAUGAUGGUGAUCGGGAAGAUGGAGAUGAGGAUAUAUCCAAGCAUGCAGCAUAUAUGUGCGCCAUGGGAGUAGUUCUAUGCUCUCUGGUGGCUGCCCUCUGCUAUCAUCCGUUUAUGGUCCACCUAUUCGCAGUGGGGGCUCGAGUUCGGCUAGCCUGUGCUGGUCUCGUCUAUAGAAAGUGCCUGAGAGUAUCGGUGGCUGCCGAUAAUAGCGGAAUAAGUGGUUAUGCCAUUGCCAUAAUGGCCACAGACUUGCCUCAGUUCAAUGAGACCUUCUAUUUCUUUCAUGAGCUGUGGAAGGGUCCGCUGGAGGGUGUGGUAUUUGGUUAUAUUAUCUACCAAGUGAUCGGUUGGCCAGCUUUAGUGGGAAUGUUUACCAUAAUACUCUUCAUUCCGCUCCAGGCGUGGGCGGCCAAAGCCACGGCACGUUUCAAGCGGCUCUCGGCCGAAUACGGAGAUGAGCGAGUGAAGCUAAUGAAUGAGAUUAUUCAGGGAAUGCAGCUGAUCAAAAUGUAUGCGUGGGAGAAAUCAUUUGCCAAGCUUAUUUCGCGGGUUCGAAAGAAAGAAAUGGGCGCCAUUAAGGGUUCCAUGUACAUCUAUGCGGCCAUUCAGUGCACCAGAAUGAUCUCAAAGUUGUCGCUGUUUCUUUGUCUGAUCACUUACGUCUUUACCGGAGACAUUGUGACGGCCAAGAAGGUUUUCAUUGUGUCCAGUUACUAUGAUAAUCUCAAUGAAUCGCUGCUCCAUCUCUGGCCAUUGGCCAUUAACUCGUGGGCAGAGACAUUUGUGGUGGCCCGACGUGUCUUGGACUUUCUGCUGCAAAACGAGGAUCCCGCCGAUGGUGGCGUCGAUAACUUCAAGGAUGUGGAUGAAGAUGUCGAGCAUGGCAAUUUCUAUGGACGUAUGCAUAAUCCGCGUGCUCUUCGCAAAAGCGUGACUCUGCAUCAGCUGACUGCAAGUUGGGAUCCUUCCAGUCAGGAGAAACGUCACCUACACAUCGAGAACAUUAGUUUCCAGGCGCAAGAAGAGGAAUUCAUUGGCAUUGUUGGCACAGUGGGUGCAGGCAAGAGCACUCUCCUGCACGCCCUGCUGGGAGAACUGGACAUCAUAAGCGGUUCUGUGGAGUUGAAUGGCAUCAUAAGCUAUGCCGACCAGAAGCCCUGGCUCAAUCGCUGCAGUCUCCGCGAGAAUAUACUCUUCAUGGAGGCCUACGAUGAGCAGCGCUAUAAGGAAGUGCUUCGCGUUUGCCUCUUGGAGAAGGACAUUGAGCAAUUGCCAGCUGGGGAUGCCACCAUAGUGGGUGAGGGUGGCUCCAGUCUUAGUGGCGGACAAAAGGCUCGAGUUAGCUUGGCUCGGGCUAUUUACCGCAAAGCGGAUAUCUAUUUGCUGGAUGAUCCCUUCUCCGCUGUGGACACCCAUGUGGGUAAAAUACUCUUGGAUCGGUGUGUCAAUGAAUUUCUAAGAGAUAAGAUACGCAUCUUGGUCACACAUCGAGUCCAGCUACUGAAGCAUGUGGAUCAUUUGGUUCUGAUGGAAUCGGGACGUGCCUCGGUUCAGGGACAAUAUGAAUCACUUAAAAAACUCAUAAGGUUUCGCAUGUCGGUGGCCAAUGACAGUGAAGUGGUCAAAUUACGUGCUGGACGCUCUGAUAGCAUCUAUGAGGAUGGUGAGGAUCGUGAGAGGGAGACCUUAAACCAACAACAGCAACAACAACAACUUGAUCUGGACCGCAGUGAGCAGCUAUACAAGGAGCAACAGUUGCAAGGAUCAGUGAAAUUCUCCACCUACAAAGCUUACCUGGCCAUUGUGGGCAUUCCUUCGGUGGUUGUGGUAAUCUUUCUGCUCUUCAUACUAGCCCGAGCAUGUGAGGCAGCCAUGGAUAUAUUUCUCUCCAAAUGGGCCACAUGGGAGGAAACAGAGCCCAAUCAGCAUGAACCCAUGCCUGAAUAUCGUCGCAUACGUACCCGUCUGGUCACCCUAUAUGCCAUCCUGAUCAUUAGCACCCUGUUCUUUUAUAUAUUGCGUACCUUUGGCUUCUUUGUGAUGUGUCUACGCAUAUCGUUUCGCAUCCAUAACUAUCUCUUUCGCGGCAUAAUCCGUGCCAGCAUGCAGUUCUUUACCCUGGCCACCUCGGGACGCAUUUUGAAUCGCUUUUCCAGCGAUAUUUUGGCCAUUGAUGUUAGUGUGCCGCAGUCCAUGAUGGAUUCCCUGGAAUUUGUGGUCGAUGCCUUGGCUGUGCUGGCUGUUGUAUGUACGGCCAACAUUUGGCUAUUGAUACCAGCGGUUAUAGUCAUGGCUUUGCUUUAUUUCUGUCGCAUUUUAUAUAUCGGUGCCAGUCGAAGUUUGAAACGCAUUGAAACGAUCUCCCGCAGUCCGAUCUACUCACAUACAAAUGCCACUUUCCGGGGACUGACCACCAUUCGGGCUCUGAAUGCCACCAAACGAUUGGAGAACGAGUUUCAUCGUUAUCAGAAUGAUAACACAUCUGCUUUAUAUCUCUAUGUGAGCUGCAAUCGUGCCUUUGCCUUCUGGACCGAUCUGAUCUGUGUACUCUAUAUACUGGCUGUGACAUUUAGUUUUCUGCUUUUCGACAAGGAACGUGGCUAUUAUAGCGGAGAUGUUGGUCUGGCCAUAACCCAAUCGAUGAAAUUGAUACUCAUGUGUCAGUGGGGCAUGAGGCAAACGGUUGAACUGGAGAAUCAAAUGACUAGUGUGGAAAGGGUGAUGGAGUAUGUGAAUAUACCAGCGGAACCGCCAUAUGAAACAGAGAAAGAGAUCAAUUUGCCAACCAAUUGGCCGAGUUCGGGGCAAUUGCAUUUCCAGGAUCUGCAUCUACGUUACACUGAGCAUGGUCCCUAUGCUCUGAAGGGUCUCAAUUUCACCAUACACCCGAAGGAGAAAAUUGGGAUUGUGGGACGCACUGGAGCUGGCAAAUCGUCCAUUGUGAACGCUCUCUUUCGUUUGGCCCGCACCGAGGGGACCAUUGAGAUUGAUGGCUAUGAGAUUGGCAAACUGGGCCUACAUGACAUACGCAGCCGCAUCUCAAUUAUUCCCCAAGAUCCUGUUCUAUUCUCCGGGACUUUGCGCUAUAAUUUGGAUCCGUUUGAACAUCAAACGGAUGAGAAAUUGUGGCAGGCCCUCGAGGCGGUGAAACUGAAGCAAUUUGUAAGUGAACUCAAGGGUGGACUCAGUUGUCGGCUACACGAUGGUGGCUCCAACUUUAGCAUGGGUCAGAGGCAAUUGGUCUGUCUGGCCCGUGCCAUAUUGCGGCACAAUCAAAUACUCAUUAUGGACGAGGCCACAGCCAAUGUGGAUCCAGAAACGGAUCAGCUUAUCCAGGAGGCCAUCCAUACGAAAUUCAAGCAUUGCACCGUGCUGACCAUUGCCCAUCGUCUGCAUACCGUAAUGGACAAUGAUCGGGUUAUGGUUAUGGAUGUGGGACGUGUUGUGGAGUUGGGUCAUCCCCAUGAGUUGCUCCAGCAGCGUCACGGCCAUUUGUAUCGUUUUGUGGAGAAGACGGGGGUGGGCACGGCCAAACAUUUGCGCCAUGUGGCCGAGCAGAGCUAUCGUAAACGUGUCCUGGCCAAGAGGUCACCUCCCUCUGAAAUAAAGAUUGUUACCUACAAGGGAACGACUCUAUAAAAGACUGUGAAUUUUG